CACGAGAUACGCGGCGCGCGUUCACCAUGACGUAGAAUGACACUGUUUAUAGGAAAAAGAAACCAAUGUUUCUCCUUUGAUGCUUUUGUUCUUCUCGUCCUCGAAUACAGCGUAUUUCUUUCUUUCUAUCCAAAGACAACAGUUAUGGUGGUGAAUUAUUGGAAACUGAAGCAAUGCUUCAAAGAACUAGUUCUCAGUGCACUCAUGGUCGCUGUGUAUGCCGCAAGUACCGUCAUUUAUGGAUGGAGUCUAUUUUUCACCCUCCUCACUGCCCUCCUCCCGGGCACAAAAAGUUUGCUCAAACCUAAAGUGGUCGCCAUUACAGGCGCAAGCACUGGUAUUGGCGAAGCAAUUGCCUAUGAAUACGCAAAACAAAAAGUUCGCUUAAUUCUCAUUGCUCGCAACCAAAAUAAAUUGCAGACGGUGUCAUCGAAAUGCCGUCAACUAGGCGCGGUGGACGUCGAGAUUGCUUCGAUCGACGUGAGCAAGACGGAGGAUUUGAUAAACUUUUUCGAGGACCGCACCGAACAAUCGCCCAUUGAUCUUUUCAUCGCCAACGCUGGCAUGGUGGUCGAAACGACGCCUCUUAUUCCAGACAAUAAAUGCGAGACGAUAGUGAACACAAACAUCCUGGGAGCCAUCGCCGGAGCAGAUACUGUCUUCCGAGCCAUGCAUCGUAGACGUCGAGGGGGACAAAUAGCAGUAGUGUCUUCUAUCUAUGGCUUUAUGGGCGUGCCAGACGUCAUUUACUAUGAUCUUACAAAAGCGGCCUUAUUAAGCUAUGCGCGUGAUCUUCGUACACUUGGAAAAGCAUCCAAUAUUCACGUCAGCGUGAUUUGUCCCGGACUCAUCUUGACCAACAUGACGGAAUCACUGAAUGUAGCCGAAUUCUUUUACACCAAGCCUGCCGUUAUUGCAUCGCAUAUUCGAAAAGGCUUGGAAGCCAAUUUACCUGUUAUUGGUAUGCCGUGGUUCCAAUUCGUUACUGCCUUUGUCCUUUCCUCCUUGCCUCCCAUGCUUCACAGUUUCGCCCGAGAUAGGAUGCUUGACGUUUACAAUGCCAUCAAACCAAGCAAAACCUACCAAUAACAAAGUCUUUAUCCCUAAUUGCUCGAUCCAAGAAAAAAAAAAGGCAAAGUCUAAAUACAAUUUACAAAUCGUUCAUCAUGAUGCAAUACAUUAUCCGUUACAAUAAAAGAAAAAGGGUCAUUGGUGGGAAGAAAGAGGUGGACUAUCCAUUUCAUCGAUAGAUCAAAUAGAAGUG